UACAGCUUAUUAAGAAUAGUAGUACUAUCAAUAAACAAUCAGGCCAGAUUUCCUUUUUUGCCACCUCUCUUUUCUAAUUGGACAGAAAAGCACACAUAUAAAGAACAUUUUUUUGCUCUUUUCUCCUUUUUUCGAUUGUUUAUUUGGAGAAGAUGGAUCAUGUGUUAUGUGGUGACAUCUUUACUUUCUCUCUCUCUCUCUCUAUAUAGUAUUGUCGUUGUUUGGUAAGGAUAACAAGGCAAGCACUUAUAUAGUCGAGUAACUAUCAACCAAGCGGGAAUGAUGAGUACCAACAUCCAGUAAUCCAUUUUCCUCCAUGUCGAGAAUAAGAGAGAUUAGAGAAACAGCUAAGCAGACAAACAGAACGACCAAGAACCUCAACAAAGAAACAUGUCAAAUCAACCAACCAGUGAGUGUUUUUAUCUACCCUUCCGAUAUCUCCCCUAGUCAUUGCACAUCCGCCUUCUCUUCUCUCAUUUCCCCUCUCAUUACACAACAUCCAUCCAUUCAUCGUCAAUCCAGUCCAUCUUCCAUCAUCUCAUCCUACCCUCAAUAAAGAAAAAAAGCACAAUAAUAAACAUAACACAUUAAUGCCGAUAAUAAUC